UGUGUGGGAUCGUUCUCUCGAUCUGAUUUUCUGAAUGGAUAGUAAUAAAAAAGCGAUUCCAAGUUCCAAAGACCUGAUUAGCAGUUUACCAGAUGAUCUUCUCCUUCACGGGUUGACUUUCCUGACGACAAAAGAGGCUGCUUUAACACCGGUUCUGUCAAAGAGAUGGUUGAAUCUGCUUCAAUCGUUACCCAUUCUCGAUUUAGACGAUUCUUUGUUACUGAAUCCCAGAAAGGGUCAACGAAAAAAUGGGAUUUUCAGGGAUUUCGUGGAUAGGUUGCUGUCUCGGCGAGUGAAGAACUCAUCGCCGGUUACGAAAUUUUCUCUCAAGUGUCGUCAAGGCAGUGUUGAACAAGAUCGCGUAAUCCAGUGGAUACGAACUGUAAUAGACCUUGAUGUCUUGGAACUUUCUCUUCGCUUCGAUUACAGGAUCUUUCAUUUGCCUUUUAAUGUGUUUACGAGCAAGACUUUGGUAAACCUCAGGAUCGGAACAAGAAUCUUUCUUUCGCAGGCAUCUUCAGAUUUCGUUUCUCUGAUGCUUAAAUCCCUCGUUCUUGAAUCAGUUUCGUUUGGGGAUGCUAAGCUUGGGUUUAAACCGAUUCUAUCAGCCUUUCCUUCGCUUCAAAACCUUCGGAUCCAUGAAUCGAAACAAUGGUUCUAUUGGAAUGGGUCUAUUUCAAGUCCAACACUCAAGAAACUUGUGUACAGACGCGAUGAUGAUUCUUCUGUUCCCAAAACUUGUGUUUCGUUUGAUACUCGGACUCUUGUUUACUUAGACUAUUCGGAUGUGGUCGCGGAUAAGUAUGAAAAUCUGCAUUUGGACAGCCUGGUUGAAGCUAGGCUUGAUCUUCAGUUGACAGCAAAACAAAUCAUGCGCAUUAGUGCUCCGGAUAAUGUUGGUUUUGUUCCUGGUGAUGUUACAACCUUGUUCAUGGGAAUCAGAUAUGUCAAGAUCCUCUGCUUAACUCCGGAUGCUCUAGAUACGCUCUAAUACCGCGGUGAAAGGAUACCGGUGUUCAACAAUCUGAUUAGCUUAUCUCUGGGAAGCGAUAAACCUCAUGGCUCUCCUUACAUCUUCUGGAAUUUGCUCCCAUCUCUGCUUCUCAGCUCUCUCAAUCUAGAAACUCUCAUUAUCAAAGGUCUAAUACACUAUGUUAGAGAAGGAUGGGAAGAAGGGUAUCGUCUACGUAUUUCUUGGGAUGAUGUGUCUGAUUCUCUGUCAUCAUCUGCAAAUUCUUCAUUGCUUCUGCGUUUAAAUAACAAGG